AUGGAAAUAUCGGGGUCUCAAGCGGAAAAGGGAGAUCAACAGCAGCCUCCUGACGUUUACGACAGGUUCUCUGGCAGGAGGAAGAAGCUGCUCACGGCUUUGAUAAGCUAUAAUGCCUUCAUAUCACCAUUCACCGCAUCCAUCUUUCUACCCUCGGUACCGCAAAUCGCGGCCGAUCUGGGCUCCACUGCCACCAUCAUCAGCGUCACCAUCGCCAUCUUCAUCGUCUCUAUGGGCACAGCACCAUUGAUCUGGUCGCCUUUGUCGGGCUUCUACGGCAGACGUCCUAUCUAUCUUGCUUCCCUGCCAAUCAUGGUGGUGGGAACGAUCGGUGUCGCCUUUUCCCGCACCGUACCCCAGCUCAUCGGCACUCGAAUACUCCAGGGUAUGGGGAGUAGCUCGUCGCUCGCUGUCGGAGCGGGUAGUAUAGGCGACAUCUACCGGCCUACAGAAAGAAGUAACGCCAUGGGCUGGUUUUACAGCGGGGCACUGAUUGGAUCUUCCUUCGCACCUCUCAUCGGCGCCGCCUUCACACAAUUCACCUCACCUGGCUGGCGAGCGGCCCAAUACUUUGUCGCUGGGAUGGCCGCCCUCGCCAUGGGUCUCACCUACUUUGUCCUACCGGAGACAAUGCACGCGCCAAUCCCACACGAUACGCUCAAGCAGGAAAGAGGCAAGAAGUUUGUCCCUUACGUCUUCAACCCGCUCGCCAUUCUCGGUCUUUUCUGCUGGCCAAAUAUCUGCGCCAUCACCUUUGUCUCCUCAGCUACCAUGUUGAUGGCUUAUAUCGCGCUUGUCCCUAUUUCGUCAGCGAUCUGGCUGAUAGUACAGGGAGACCAGUACGGGAUCACAGACCCCAUCUUGAUCGGCUGUAUCUUCAUCUCGUCCGGUAUCGGUAACAUCGUUGGAUCAAGAAUAGCGGGUCCGAUGGCAGAUGCGACAGUACGCAAAUACAUCAAGAAGAGGGGAUAUCGCCGACCUGAAGAUCGCCUGCGUGCAGCGGUCAUCGGACUUGGCAUAGUCAUGCCUGUUUGCCACUUGAUCUAUGGCUGGCUGCUGCAAACGUCCGCUGGAGGAGUAGCACCCCCUAUCGUGUUCCUCUUUCUGCAGAACGUUGGGCUCAUGCUCAUCCUCGCGCCACUCAAUACUUAUGCCGUCGAUUCUAUGCAGGAUCGCAGAUCGGCCAGUGUCAUAGCCGUGAACAAUUGGGUUCGGUACCUCUUCUCCGCUGCUGCGUCUGCGUUCGUCCUGCCCAUGUCGCACGCGAUCGGAUGGGGCUGGACCUCGACAGUGGCUGCUGCUCUCAUGUGGAUAUCCUUUGGCAUACUCCUCCUGACCAUCCGCUACGGUCAUCAUUGGCGAGAACGAGCAAACAAGCGAUACGGUUACGAUACCAUCUCCGAGGACGAAAAACAUCCGCCUUCAAUACGCGGGGAAGAAGGUGUCGAUAUCGACAUUGUCAAGGCGGAGGCGGAGGCUGGCGAGAGAGUAGUGGUAGACGAGGACGACACACAUACGGAUCUUCCCCAGCGUCCGCGGGCGCCAACAAUGCGAGGCGGCAAGGGACUGGAGCGGGUGGCAAGUGGCAAGUUGUCGAGACAGCGGUCGGCAGGGAGUUUGCCAGAUGUGCGGGAAGUGCUACAUAGGACUGCGUCUGUGACUGCGUCGGUGCACGGUGGAGGAUAG